AUGAAUGAGAUUGAGCAGUAUCACUCAUGCUCCAGGUCCAGCGAGUACAACCACGGCCUCACCAUUGUCCCAACCUCGACUGGAACAAUCAACCCGAGUACUGACAGAAAGUGGUCUGAAGGAGUGGAAAAGAGUAGGGGUUAUAUCGAAAAGGCGCUUCGCGGAUGCCCUCAAGUCCGCAAGGACGAGAACCUCGACACUGCCGAAACCUACGGGGAGUUGAAGUCAUUGCUAGUGGUGAGCCAACUCCGACAUAAACUUGUGUGUAGUGAUGAUCGUUGGACGGGGAUGUUGCUAGUUCCGUGCGUUUACGGUGCCGCAACUAACUUCCACCGGAUGAAGAAUCUACACGCAAAGUUCCGGCAAAUGGGUCCAAUAACUGCCUUUUUCAUCGGUGCAUUAGCCAUGUAUACUUGUUGGGACGUUGACCCUCGGUACCCUGAACUGGCAAGGCCGUUCGAGAUACUCGAAAAAUUCGGCUUUGAUCAUAGCCAUUGCAGUUUUGCCUGCGAUUUAAUCCACUAG